AGGAAAUUGUCAAUCAAGCUCUAGUUUCUUUGUAGUAACAUUUAGUUGUUUGCUGAAACAUUCAAACCUUGGAUUUGUCUAAAGUGCAGGCUUCACCAACCACACUAUCCACUGAUGUCACUGAAAGGCGUUGAAUCCCUCUUUGCUCAUCUACUUAAUCAACUUAACAAUUGAAAGUGCGAAUGAAAUUCUUGAUGAAAUUCCCCGUGGCGCGAUGCCAUUUGUGUCGCUUGUCGCGCCAAAUCGGUUCUUGGUUUGAACAUUUCCUCGCCUGUUGCCUAUCCUAUUUGAAAUUUACGACUCAAGGGAGACCAGAGGAAAGCUCAAAAAUUUCAAGUUGAGAAUGUCGUUGUCAUCUUUUAUGAUUUGCAAGGAUCAACAUUCAGCAAGUCAAAACUGGGAGUAGGACGAGGUAAAGAGCUCAGAAGAUGGUCUGGUACCACGGAUGGGGAGCAGAACGGCCAAGGUCCUCGCCGUCGCGGUGGCCAGCACGGUGCUCGUCGCCGCCGAGGUGGCCCUCUACCUCUGCCUGCGUCUGUCGAGGCCCUUCUACCUCUCCACGGCCGCCGUCCUGGCGGCGACGGUCCUGACGCUGCUGGUCAUGCUCCACUGCACGGCGGGGCGGGCGGACCGCAUGGCGGCGCGGCGGGCGCUGGACGACGGCGAGGAGCUGCGGGCCGAGUACAGCUACUUCCGCAAGGUGGCCGGGCUGCCGCGCAAGUUCUCGCUGCACGCGCUGGCGGCGGCCACGGACGACUUCCGGUGCGUGGCCGGGCGGGGCGCCUCGGGCACCGUCUUCCGCGGCGUCCUCGACGACGGCACCCCCGUCGCCGUCAAGCGGAUCGCCGACGACGGCCGCGCCGCCGCCGGACGCGCCGACAAGGAGUUCCGGGCGGAGGUGGCCGCCAUCGCCGGCGCGCAGCACGUCAACCUGGCCCGCCUCCUCGGCUUCUGCCUCGGCUCCCCGCGCUUCCUCGUCUACGAGUACAUGGACCACGGCUCCCUCGACCGCUGGAUCUUCCCCGCCCCCACCCCCGCCGAUGACGCCGCCGCCGACGCCCGCCCGCGCGGCUGCCUGCCGUGGCCGCGCCGCUACCAGGUCGCCGUCGACGUCGCCAAGGCGCUCGCCUACCUGCACCACGACUGCCGCUCCAAGGUGCUGCACCUGGACGUGAAGCCGGAGAACAUCCUCCUCGACGACGGCUUCCGGGGCGUCCUCUCCGACUUCGGCCUCUCCAAGCUGGCCGGCAAGGACCAGAGCCGGGUGGUCACGGCGGUGCGCGGCACCGCGGGCUACCUCGCGCCCGAGUGGCUCCUCGGCGCCGGCGUCACGGAUAAGUCCGACGUCUACAGCUACGGCAUGGUGCUGCUGGAGCUGGUCGCCGGCCGCCGCUGCGUGCGGCCGGAGGAGGACGGCGGGUGGUCGUACCUGCCCAAGAUCGCCGCCGAGAUGACGCGGGCGGGGCGCGUGAUGGAGGUCGUGGACCGGAGGCUCUCCUCCGGCGUCGGGGACGCGGAGCAGGCGGCGGUGCGGCGCGCGGUGCACGUGGCGCUGUGGUGCGCGCAGGAGAAGGCCGGGGCGCGGCCGAGCAUGGCGCGCGUGCUGGAGAUGCUGGAGGGGAGGGUCGCCGGGGAGGUGGAGGCGCCGCCGCCGUCCGACACAAUCAUGGAGGACCUUCUGGCGCUCGGCCACGCCCGCGCGCGGGGCGGCGGGCCGUUCCGGCUGCCGUCGGCGGGCCCGGCCGGGAGGGCCGCCUCGUCGGCGUCGGUGCUGAGCAAGUACGACUCGUUCGUCAUGUCCUACCUGUCAGGGAGAUAGCGCUCCUCGUCUGCACAGUCGAGUCAGCUCUUCGCCUUAACUGUAUUUGUAGGUGACUUGUGCUGACGUGGCAUGGGGGUUAGACUGUGAUUAGUCAAUCAGCUCGCCACGGAGGCGGUCCACGUGUCAAAGAAUAAAAUUUGUCGAGUGGCCACGUGGCAUGCUGCUUGUACCGAAGCGGUGACUAUUCAACCUCGGGAGCCGGGAGGAUGAAGCUAGAGGGCGAGGAACAAAAUUAGGGUUUAUUAGGGUAGGCGAUGAGGAGGCGGCCGGCGGCGAGGAGAGGGUAGCCGGUGGCACAAUUCCGGUUAGCAUGCCGGUUUGAUUGUGUUCUGGAGGUUGGACAAAAGGUCCAUAUUAACCACAAAAGAACAGAAGCUCAGGUACGAAGAAAGAAAGACUCAAAAACAUGACAAAUUAUGCAUCUAUGCUGGGUGUAGAUAAAAAAGAAGCCGCCAUUCAGUAUUUACUGCAGACUCCAUUUGACUUUGUUCUCAUUCCAGAACUUUUUUCAGAUGGAAUAUCUCUAUCAGUUGCUUAUUAGGUGCGAUGUUACAAACUUGAGUACACAAUGAAUAUGGACAGAAUAUAAUUUUAAUAAAUAUAUUAGUCACCUGUUUGUGGCUCUAUGCGUAUAAAGCUAAAAUGAUACAUUGGAUGCCUAGGGGUAGCACCACCACAUUCUUGCCCACUACGACACAGCGUUGUUAGUGAUUUAUACUGGAUAUUUCUUUCCCCUGUUGUCCGAUGGCUGCUUCUGCUUAUCAUGUUAAUUCUAUUUUACAUGUUGAAACAAAGAAUUGUGAGAAAUCAUCUUCUAUGUAGUAAAAUGUAUUUCUGUCAUUUGCCAUUGGAAAACAGCAUAUUUCUUCCACGCCGCCACUCCAUGAGUUUGAUUCCUACAUGCCAUCACAGUGAAACCUCCAGCCCGUUUCCCCCCUGAUUUCACAUGCAAGGCAGUAAACUGAAAAUCCCCUCUACGAUGCAACUGAAUGUUUCCUAGUUUCAGCGAUGCAAGAAACAACAAACUAUCUAUGUUGGGUGCUUGCUUACAUUCCUGAUCCAGGAAAGAAGCGUGAGCAAUCUCGAAUUGAACGAGAUACACAGGUCUUCUUCGACUCCUAGUUCAUCCUAAUCUCCUAGGGCUUCGAGUUUGCAUUUCAUCAACGGUACAGGACAAACUCUCCAGCAACAGGGGAAAAAAUGCCCCCAUGACCAGUCGCACCAUACGCGUCAGCCCAGAUAGACAAAUCACUGCGCCCUGCGACUAGG